UCUCUGACGAGCUGUGAACAUCACCACCAGUUCCACCCGAAUGCAAUGAUGUAUGUGUGAAACUAGUCGUAGGAGUCAGACAGAGCUGUGAAAAUGCAGCACGUUGUGAGAUUCAGUCUACUAUUGAUCAACAUCUGUUUAAGGAGCCUUUCAUGUGCAACACUGCUGAAAGAUACUGUUACAGUUUUAAAGGGAGCCGCUGGGAAGGAGAUCACCAUCCCGUGUGCUACAAAUAAGAGCCCUCAGCAUGGGGUGUACAUGUACAAACAAGCCAAAACAGAAAUGCAGCAAAUCUUCUACUUCUACAAAGACGGCACUUUUACUCCUAAAACACUUUACAAAGGCAAAGUGUAUUUAAGAGGAGAAUUUCCCAACCUUAGUGCCACCUUCCGCAACCUGACUGGCGAAGACGUUGGUUUGUACUGGUGUGAAUUCAACUGGGAAGACAAAAUCAACCAUAGCUCUGCAACCUGGUUAUGGGUGACAGAAACCACACUAGAAAAAGAGUGCCCAGAAAAUGCUGAGCCUUACUAUAUGAUGAUAUUGCUCAUUGGGUGUGUCGUCAUAAUCCUGCUGUGCCUCAUCACUUUCUUCUGUGUGAUUUUGAAGGUAAAGAAGUGCUUUGAGUACAAGAAAUACACACCAACAAUUCAGCCUUCAGACCCAGAGUAUGUGGAGAUGAAAAUGAGCAAUCUGGAUUCCCAGCCCACUCCAAAGACAUUCAUCAACCCUGAGUAUCACUCUGCCAGUGAACUCAGACGUAUGUGAUUGAUCAGGGGUUAUGCUGCAUUGCCCUCCAUUAUAAUUUGCAAAGCUUUUUAAAAUAGAAUGAUUGAUUGCAUCAUAUUUUAUUUUAUUUAACAUGUGUUUUCAUGUGCAGUUUUUCUCCUUUGCCUUUUCUGUAAAUGUGAGUGAGCACCAUUCUUUUUCUUAGAUUUUAAAUACUUCAAGAACAAAGUGUGAACAAUUUUAAUGACUUCAGCAGUUGAAGAGAUAUUAUUAGUUGUUGAACAAUGGAUAUGUCAAAGCAGAAACCUCUCUUGUGGUUCACUGUCUUGUUACUUCCUCUUAUACUUUACCUUGUAUGUGAUCUUGAUUGUGUGUUUGCACAUGCAUGCACCAGAUCAUGAAAUGAAGUAAUCAAAUGGUAUACAACACAAGCUAGGGUCAGUCUGAUAGUAAAUAGUCCAAGAGGUUAAAUUAAACAAGGCAUGUUUCCACUCCUGUGUUUGCAUACUUGUCAGUCUGUGCAAAUGAUAAACUUUGAAACUGAACAUAGUACAAAUUGCACAAGUGUCUGACUUCUAAAAAUUUUAACAACUUGUUUUUAACUCUCAGCAAAGUGGGUUUUGACAGUCAAUCAGUCAUCUUCCUUAAGGUCUGUGAACUGCUUUUGCUGUUCUGUGGUCAUCUUUCUUUCUUUUUUUUUCUUUCUGUCUUUCUUUCUUUCUUUCUUUCUUUCUUUAACCUUUUAAGAUGCAUGCACACCAAGUCACACUUGCCGUUUUAUUGUUAUUUUUUUGUAUUGGCUGGUGUAAGAAAAAGUUUGGUAACAUUUUACAAUUUUAUUCUAUACCUUAAAAUAAGGUAAUGCAUUAGGUAUCAUGAACUAAAUCAUUAUUAUUAUUAUUAUUAUUAUUAUUUUUCAACAUAUAUUCAUCUUGGUUAAUGUUAAUUUCUAAAUAUAUUACUGUUCAUUGUAAGUUCAUGUUAUUUAGUUCAUAACUAAUGUUGCAACUUUUAAUGUUAAAAAUGUAUUUGUAGAAAUUAAGCAAAAGGUAUGGGAACCAUUAAGAUAUGUAGUGUUGCGUGAGGUUAUUAAAUAAAGCCUGUAAUGUAAACGGAUUUGGAAUAACUGUGAUUUAUGUGCAUCAUGCAAUGAGUAUGCACUAAUUUUGCAUUUUACUGCAUGUAGUGUCUCUUGUCUCUGCUAAUCUUGUUUUGUAUAAUAUAAUGCAUACGUCAUAACAUUUAACAACUGAUUUUUCAUUGUAUCAAAACAAUUGUUUUGAAUGCCACUUUUGUGAUGCUUUGAUUAAAAAAUUGAA